UCGAUAUCUAGGUCACAUAGAAUCGAUAAUUGCUGGAAAAAUGUCAACUCGCUGGACUUGGACGGCUGAAAAUGUUUCUAUACAAAACUGCUCAGAAUCUCAGGCCACUGCCAUGGCACUGGAUUCAACUGGAGAUUUUGUACUCUUGGCAGGGCGGAGGGGGAUAGAUGUGCUGUGUCUAUCGGACAUUCCCCAUUGUAAACCACAGAGGGUAAAACACAAGACGACCAUGAAAUGGGACAUCAGUGUCGCAGAGUGGAAUCCUCAUUCAGAACAGAAGAAUCAGUUUGUUACUGCUUCCAACCAAGCAGCUGAUGUGUUCACACUGAGUGAAUCUGAGUACGUUCAGGCCAUGUCUCUCAAGGCACACACCAGGACAAUCAGUGACUUGAACUGGUCUGUGUUUAAUCCAAAUCUCCUAGCAACAAGCUCUGUUGAUACCUAUAUCUACAUAUGGGAUACAAGGGAAAGCAAAAAACCUGCUUCAGCGUUUUCUACUUUUGCUGGAGCAGGACAAGUGAAAUGGAACAAGAAAGAUGAGCAUUGCCUAGCAACCGUCCACGAUGGUGACAUCAGGCUAUGGGAUAAGAGGAAAGGGAACCAGGCAGUGAAGUACAUCUCAGCUCACGUAUCCAAGAUCUACUCAUUAGACUGGGACCCUAACAACCAAUCACAUCUUAUCACAGCGAGCCAAGAUUGCUCAGCAAAGGUUUGGGAUACAAACAAUGAGCAGAAAGCAGUACUUGAGAUCAGAACAGAUGCUCCCCAGUGGAAAGUCAGAUAUACGCCAUUCGGUGAUGGUCUAGUAACCAUCACCAUGCCACAGCUACGGCAGAGGGAAAAGAACCUGUUGAUGUGGAGUCAAUCUAACCCUGCAGCUCCGAUCCAUUCCUUUACCGGUCACAGUGAUGAUAUCCUGGAGUUCCAAUGGAGACCUAAAGAUGUUUCAUCUUUUGAUUAUCACAUGGUUACCUGGGCAAGGGACUACACCCUGAGAAUAUGGAGAGUGGAGCCUUACUUACAGAGGCUGUGCGGUGUUGAAGUCCAGGACCUGAACCUGAGUGGCUCCAGCGAGAUAGAAAUCCUUGCCUCUCCUCCAAAGUCUGGUUCCUCCUUGAGCAUGGCAUCCUCGGCCUCGCCCGCCAGGCAGCUCAUGGGGGGGAGCAACGACCUCAUGGGCGGAGGAGGGGUCGGAGACCAGAACCGGUCGCUCAGUGAUCUGGAUGAAUCCAUCACAUCUCUGGAGCAGGAGUUCAAGUCCCUGGCACGCAUCACCCCACAGACUACCAUUGAACCUGUAAGUCAUCUGACUUCCUUCUUCUCUUUCCCCUCUCUUUGUUUUCUUUCUUUGAUCCCCACUUACUCGGCUACCCCCUCCCUUUAUCUCUACUUUUUCUCUGUCUCCUUCCCCUUUCUUCACCGCACUUUCUCAGACCUUGGGAGCCGAAGUUGCCAGAUAUCUGCAUCCAGUAAUCGUCACACCAUUCGGAUGAAGAUGACCUUCCCCCCUCAGUACCCGGUCAAAGUGAGCCCCAAGCUGGCCAUUAUAUCCCCUACGACUCUGGAUAACCAGACAAGGAUGAAAGUACUAGAGGUAUUAAACCAUUCCUGUAUGCAGCAAGUGGAGUUAGAGAGGUUCUGUAUAUCAACCUGCUUUAAUCAACUCAUCACCAUCCUGGAGGGAUUGCAGCUGAACUCUCCAAGUGCAAUGAAUGGGUCAUCUACCAAGGGGUCAUCUGGGGGUCAGGUCACUUCAAGCUACGGAACUGCUUCGGAUAAGAACAUACCCUUCCCUCGAACCUCAGGGGCUAGAUUCUGUAGCACAGACAAACUAGUAAUGUUCACCAGACCCAACAGUAUGAAGAAAUCAAGUACUAUCUUCCAGGCAACUCCAAAGGCGCUGUCGGCACUGAGUCAGCACCGAGGGCAGCAGAACAUCCAAAGCACUAGGAAAGAGAACCAAGAAGGCUUAUCAAUCGCUAGGUUCUACAAAGAAAGAGAAAAUAAACACAGAAGAGGAGGUAAGCAUCGCAGGAAAAACUCUGAUGUGACUCAGAUAUCGACCUCCACAUCGCAGGCAUGUGGUACGGUGUUCGUCUUCGAUACAUCCUGUCUCCUGCCCAUCCACCAGAAAUUAGCGGAAACUUACGUGUUGAUUCCUGAUGACGUGCCUAGGAUGUGUUCUCUCAAUGCUAAUGCUGCAGCAGCUGUAGGAAGGAAAGAUCUAUUGCAGGUAUGGUCUCUGGCCUCCCUUGCCAGCAGUCCUAAGUUGAGUCCAUAUUCCUCCCCUGAUCAUGAAAGACCCUGGGCAAAACAUCCUAUGGGAAGACAAUUACUCAAGUCUCUAAUGGACCACUACAGCUCUAUCCAUGAUGUCCAGACGUUAGCCAUGCUGUCUUGUGUGUUUGGUGAGAACACCAGACCCAGGGGUGAUGCCAUGAAUAGUCCUUCCAUUCAGAGGUUUUUUGUGUCCCCUGAUUCUGACUCCAUGUUCAGCCCAGACUGGAUAAUCGACGGCUACGGUCAUUCGAGUCUUCCCGAAUCACCUGACGACUACAAGUUUGGCCAAGCCAGAAAUCCAGAAGAGAUGGAAAAGGACAUCCACAGAGCCAAUAUGCAGCUGAUCGAUCCUUCACAGAGACACCAACUGGACAAGUUCAAGAAGAAGUAUGCCGACAUCCUGUACAAGUGGAAUCUCCUAGACGCCAGAGCAGAACUCCUCAAAUACAUGUCAUAUCCUGAGCGAUCCAGGCGCUCUCAGCUAGAUUUCUCAGACUUUGGUAUCGUGUGUCGUAGAUGUAAGAAGAGGUCCAUGUCGGUUCAGUGCAAGGAGUGUAAGAAGUAUGCCUUUGAGUGCUCCAUCUGCCAUGUGGCCGUAAGAGGUGCCUCAAUCUUCUGUUUGUUUUGCGGCCAUGGAGGUCACACACAACACAUGCUAGACUGGUUCAAACUGGAAAAGAUGUGUCCCACCGGAUGCGGCUGUGUGUGUGAACGCGAGUCGCAGAGAGCGUGUGAACAGGAUGUCUCGUGCUCAUCCCCUAUCAUGCCCACCGUUAGUGCGAAGAGAUGAUAGUUGGAUGUGCCUCAGAAGAGCAUGUUCACGCUUGACUCUACAUUUAAGAAUAUGAUGUUUACUCCACGUUGAUGCCGACCAGAACGUAUCAUUUCCACAACCUAUCACGUUAGUGCUAAGAGAGUGAUAGAUAAUUGGACUGUUCGUCCAUAUAGUAUGAAGAAUGUUCACACUAAAUAUUAAGGUGUUUCAGCGUUUUUACACUGCAAUACCUUGUACAUGCAAGAACAGGUGUGGAGCAUAUUCAUGCUGUUAUAUAUAUAUUUUUAAUAAGAUAUGAAAAAGGAAUGUUUCACGCUCAUCACCUAUCACACCAACCAUUAGUGCAAAUAGCACGUUCACGUUGAGAGGACACAUCAGACUUGGCUUGGCUGUAUGUAUGAAAGAUGUUCGAUGGCUGUGUGUGAACAAUCCUAUUGCUUGAUACCUAUGAUAUCAUACAAACUCUUUGUGUGCUUAAAGGAAGUACAGUCAAACCUGCUUUAGUGACCACCUGUCUACAAAGACCACAUUUUUUUGUUUCCUUUGAAAAUGGCUCCUCAUUGAAGCGUGUACUAAAGGAACCUGUCUACAAAGACCACUUUUUCUGUUUCCCUUGGGCGGUUGCUAUAGACAGGUUUGACUGUAUAUAGAUUUCAUUCAAGAAGCAAAUCACAUCCAGUAUUGGCUGAUGCAUAAAUUUUAAAAAUAUAGAAAUAAAUGUAUUUUAAAGAAAUUAUGUUGUCUUCCAUUAUGAAAUAGUCAAGUUAACUAGGAACAGCCGUGGUAAGAUGUUGGUUUUGUUAAACUCAGGAUAUAUGAAUUUGAUGUGGAGCAAGCCCGAUCAUGCAAUCUUGGCCCAUUGAAAACCAAAAACCGAGGUACACUGUAAUUCAGCUGGCGUCUAUGGAGAAUGUGUGUUUAAUACACCAUCAAUCAAAUUGUAUCAACAAAGUUAGGAUACAUGCACUUGAAGGAGUGUUGUAUCAUAUUUGAGUAGUUUUAUCUCUUGAAUGGGUAUGCAGAAGCUUGAGCACCGGGACAGCAUUUCAUGUUCACUGUAUGUCCUGUAUCUUGUGAAAAUACAAUUUUAUAUCAAUGGAAAGCUGUAUGAACGUAGAAUACAAAAGCAACUUAAAAACUCAUUUUAUGCACCAAACUCAUUUUAUGCACCCCUCCGAAAUUCCGGUCAACAGGGGUCAUAUUUGCUGCAGUUUCGGUGACAACAUAAUGUGUGGACCCGAUCAACUUGCCUAUACUGGAGUGUUGGCUCAGUCAGUAGAGCGUCCGCCUCACAACCGGGAGGUCGUGGGUUCGAAACCCGGCCGCAUC